UAAGUAAGUAGUUGGCAGAGAGGGAUAACGAGGAGAUUAACGAAGGAGGGGGGAAGGGAGGGAUCCUUGUAUUCAGUCAGCACUGAUGGUGGAUUGCACUGCAAUACGUUCGGAUGCGUAAUAUUACUAAUAAAAGAUAAAGCACCGAGGACUGACGCCAACUCAGCAACGAUGCGAUUGAUCAGCGUGUCGUGGGCGCGGCCCCGCAGGGCCGUGGAGGAGGAAGACAAGGAGCCCCCACCACCCCCGCCCCCCUCACACCACUCCAACCACCAAUUUGCCAGCAUGAAGAAUAAGUUCUUCAACGAGCUCACACACUUGCCCAACCAUAAACUCGGGAUGCCCAUGUGGGCAGUGGGUGCCAUCGUGGUGGUGGUCCUUGCCCUCGUGGCCUGCAUGGCCUUCUGCAUCUACAAGAAGUGCUUCAACAAGGGCAAGAAGCCCAAGAAGGUCAGAGAGAGGAAGGGCGGGCGAGGACGAAGGAAGAAGGAAACCGAAGGAGAGGAUGGAGAGGAGAAGAAGGAAGGAGAGGAAGGCAAACAAGAGGAGGAGAAAGAGUACUUUGGCAAACUGGAGUACACGCUGGACUACAACUUCACUGACAACCAGCUGAUAGUCGGCAUCCUGCAGGCUCAGGACCUGGCCGCCAUGGACAUGGGCGGGACUUCAGACCCUUACGUUAAAGUCUACAUGCUGCCAGACAAGAAGAAAAAGUUUGAAACCAAAGUCCAGCGCAAGAACCUCUGUCCUGUUUUCAAUGAGACCUUUAUCUUUAAGAUACCCUACACGGAGUUGGGCGGUCAGACUCUGGUGCUUCAGGUUUUUGACUUUGACCGCUUCGGCAAACACGACGUCAUCGGUGAGAUCAAGAUUCCCAUGAACACGGUGGACCUCGGACAGCCCAUCCACGAGUGGAAGGAUCUGAUUGGAGGAGAGAAAGAGGAGCAAGAGAAACUUGGGGAUAUCUGCAUUUCCCUUCGCUACGUCCCCACGGCUGGCAAGCUCACGGUUAACAUCAUGGAGGCCAAGAAUUUGAAGAAGAUGGAUGUUGGAGGACUGUCAGAUCCCUUUGUCAAAGUGGUGCUGCAGCACAACGGGAAACGACUGAAGAAGAAGAAGACGUCUGUGAAACAAAACACUCUGAAUCCAUACUUCAAUGAGAGCUUUAGCUUUGAGAUCCCCUUCUCCCAGAUCCAGAAAGUCCAGGUGCUCAUCACCGUGUACGAUUACGACAAACUGGGAAGUAACGACCCCAUCGGCAAGUGCUGGAUCGGCUACGGCGCCUCAGGCGUCGGACUGCGCCACUGGUCCGACAUGCUGGCCAAUCCGCGGCGUCCGGUGGCUCAGUGGCACACCCUGCAGCCAGAGGAGGAGGUCGAUGCUGCUCUGAAGGCACCCAUUCGCUAAACACACACACUGUACAUGGAGUCAUUGUCUACCAUUCCACAGUAUAUACAACUCUUUGAAGGGAUCGUCGUUGGUCGCUCUAUAAAGUGUUUGAGAGAAAAAGCACAUUUUACAGUCGUCCACAUACUCAAUACUGUACAUGCUGCUCAUUCUUUUUGUGUAAUAAAUGUCUCAGGGUGGACAUGUCUUACAUCAGUUUAGUAUGGUGAAAUAUAUUUGAAGAAUAUGCUACAGUAUGUUUAGAAUAAAUGCAACUAUCACUUUAUACCUUGAUUGUAAGUCUCCCAUAUUGUACAAACUGUACACAUUUAAUUCUAGGAAAUUUGGGACCACGUGACAAUGAUUACUUGGCUUUGAAUGCUUAAUGCAGGGGUGUCCAAACUUUAUCCCUCCAGGGCCAGAUUAGGAAAAAUUGUUAUUAUUUAACACACAAGUGGCUCAAGACACGAACAUAUUGGACUGGACAGGUGUGUCCUAUGAUGUUGCUUAUUCAAUCAAUACAUCGCACUGAAUUUCUACGCUCAGUUUCAGAUUGGGUAGGAUUUUAGAAGCUCGUUUAGAGGUGAAAACAACAUGAAAACCAAAGAGCUGUUUGUGGGUGGAAAACAAGCAAUUGUGAAUCGGCGAGAAGGUGUGAAAUCACUCAGAACCAUUGCACAAUCAUUGGUCGUAGCCACUGCAACCUUUUGGAAUGUCCUGAAGAAGAAAGAAACCAUGGGUGUAUUAAGUAAGAGAUGUGAAACAGGUAGACCAAGGGGGCCACAAAUGGCCUCCGGGUCGAACUUGGGACACCCCUGCAUGAAAAUAUGCGAGGCAAAGUUAACAUUGUUCAUAGUGAGUUUGUAUUGUUAUGACUUCCUACAUGUUUCACCCUGUUUCUUUAUGUCUUGACUAGGGAUGCUCCGAUCAGGGUUUUAUCCUGCCAAUUCUGAUACCGAUCAUCGGCCGAUACCGAUCACAUGGAUUCAUUCUACAUUUUUCAAUUUAUUUCUGAUGAGUGCUGUUGGUGCCGUUUAAAGGGGACAAGUCAGGACAUUUGCACGGGACCCAAUAAAUAGGUAGUUACAAAGAAAAUGAGUCAUUAAUUGAUAAGGGGGUGAUUUUUUUGUGAUUGAAUGAUUUUUGCAUGGGACCCAGAAUUCCUGGCUGCACCCCCGCUACUGGCUAUAUGAGAUGAAAAAAGGAACCAUAAAAUCACCUUAAUUCAGAAAAAACAUAUUUGACUUACGUUUUGAACAUACAGUAUAUCACUCUGAAACUUGCAGAGGAUGAGACGCCUUCUUUAAGGAGACUUUGGCGAACGCUGUGUGAAAGGCUGCUCUCCUCCGAUGAAUUCAAUGCUUUUUUGGGGUUAUUAGCUUAGCCGUCUGACUAUCACACACAUACGGGAGAGUGUUAGCCACAUGGCUGCGUUAGCUGCCGUGAACGUGAGCCUCCAAAAGUCGACAUACUCCGUCAGGUGUAAAUGCCGUAUCAAACCUUUUGAACAUGCUAACUCCACCUAGUAUUUUUGGUGGCAUGUGUUAUCAGUUAGGUUCCACACGGCAUGAUUGUUUUUGUUUUGACAACACUGCCAAAGACGUUAGUGAGGUUAAGACACUACACUGCACGAAAGGGUCGCUGCGGCCUGCAAUAGUGCUAGCCACGGGUGACCGGCUUUUUGCUUGCGUUUUACCAGCAUAUGCCAAUCACGCAAUUUUUUGCGGAAAACGGCCGAUACUGACCGGUGGCUGAUCGAUCGGAGCAUCUCUACUUUCUUCAUGUAAAAUAGUGUUUAGUUACAUAUUUGUAUUGAUUCAUUCUGUUUGAAUAUGAACGACGAACAUGCGAUUGUGUGUGAUACGUUGUCAAUGUAUAUAAAAAAAUAUUAAUAAAUUGAAUAUUUCACAAUAACCAAGUGA